AUGAAUUCGUGCGAUUCGCUUGUAGAGGAAAACAAGGAUGAAUCGGCAUCCGCGUUACUUAAAUGGGUGAAUCAGCAAGCUUCAGUAGUUAUUUGGAUUUUUUCUGGUUUCGAGCUAGAAGACAAUGCACCAUUAUAUAUUAAUUUAUAUGCCAUGUUCGAUAGUGUUCAAACUUACCAAGACACACAAAUUGAGGAUUGUGCCGCAUUUGUUGGAGCAUAUAAGGAUGCGGAAUUUGUUGUUAUUGUUUCCACGAAAUAUGCCUUAAGGAUCAUACCCCACAUUCAUGAUUUGAAACAAUUACAUUCAAUUUAUAUUUAUGAUUUAUCUAAUAACAUAGACAGCAUUGUACUCUACUCUUACGCCAAAACAUUAGGUGUUUAUAAAACUGUCGAUCACUUGUUUCAUCAAUUAGCAGACGAUAUCAACCAUAAAAAAUUCAGCGUACCGUUAGGCGAUCAAGAGUAUAACCAGGAAAAAGCACUGAAAACAUUGGUUGAUAAAUGCAGAUCGUGUUACAGUGAUAAUCAAACAAUAUUGAAGCAUCUUGAAGAGUUGGAAUGUUCUUAUGAUAGAAAUAAAGCAAUUUACUGGUAUACACGAGAUUCUUUUCUUUUCCGAUUGGUCAAAAAAGCUCUGAGAACUAUGAAUAUUGAAGUCAUAUUUAAUUGUCAUUUUAUUAUCGUCGAUAUUUGCAAGGCAUCAGAAGAAGAACAUGAAAAAUUAAUCAACGAACAAAAUUAUUCUUUAUCACUCACAUCAAUGGUACAAUAUUGUCGUGGACAACGCAUGAGUCGCAAUGAAUUAGAUCAACUAAAGCUAUCUAUCGAUGAAUUCGUUAUUGUGAAAAUUGAUGAAAAUGACCAACGUCUACUUAAUAAACUUAAUGAAAUUGGCUAUCAGCAUUUAUCUGAGUUGUCUUUUGGUACUCAAAUUAUUGAAGUCGGAAAUUUGAUUCUUCGACAAUGGUCUCAAAUGUUGAGUUUAUUAUAUUACAAUAAUUUGUUGCGUGAACAUUCAAUUGAUGAUCCAACAUAUGAGUGUGCCUGUUAUGCUGGCCUUGGCUGGAAUGUAUUUCUUGAAGGAAAUUAUGAGCUGGCGCUUGCUGAUCAUGCGAAAGCACUCGAGCGAUACCCUUCUUGUACCGAUAAAAGAAGUGAAGGACUGAAGGCCACUAUUCUCAAUCAGAUCGGAAAAAUCUAUGAAGCAUUAGGUUCAUUUGAAUUGGCACUUCAAUCUUACCCAAAAGCAGUACUUGACAUAGAUUCCUCUCGUCUAGAUCAGUAUGAUGCUUUUAGUGGAUUUCCGAUUAUUCCAAGUAGGAAAAUCGCGAAGUGGCAUCGAGUUCAAAGUAAUUUUGAUGUUGCCAUGGAAAUUUACAACAAAAUAGUGGAAACUAAAAAUAUAAAUCAUUUUAAUGGUCGAAUGUCCUUUUACCGUGAAAUAGCACGGGCAAGCAAUCAUGUACUAUAUGAAAACGAUGAUUUUGCGCACAUAAUACAAUGGACAAUUUUCAACUAUUUUAGUAGUGCACACUAUCUUCCGGAGUAUUAUAAUGAAAUUGCUCAAGAAUACUAUUUUAUUGGAAAUACUAUUCGCGAGUAUAACAAAAGUUUCACUUUCGAUACAAAUAGUCUAGCAUUGAAAUGCUAUCGUAAAUGUGUUGAUAUUUUGUCCCAUUAUGCGCCAAAAGAGCAUAGGAGCAUUGCAGAAUGCUACGAUUCCAUAGCAAAAAGCUAUGUCACAAUAGGCAGUAAUGAGUUUCAUUCAGCAGCGAUUGAACAUUAUGAAAAAGCGCUCUUAAACAUACCAAGCGACACGUCGUGUGCUUGGUUGAUUAACCUUCUUAAGACAUAUUCUAAAAGCAUAGCCGAUCUCUAUAUUGUGGCUGAGCAGUUUAAUUUGGCUAUAUGCCAUUUAUUAAAAGCUAUAGAAUAUGAAAGAAGAUAUUUGCAUAUUACAAUGAACAUAAAUAUGCCCUAUUAUGCACAUGCAGCUGUGACCACAAAUAAAAAUAUAUCCAAGUGUUACAACAAAAAUUGCCAAUAUUUAUUGCCUGUACAAGCGGCUACGAGAGCAACAACAAUUUUUAAGUGUUUGCACGAUCACGAGCUUGCAUUAUAUUAUCAUGACAUACAUGGCCAUACAUGUGACAAAUGUCAUACAUAUUAUGAAUCUGGAGUGCCGUCGUGGCGAUGUGAAGAACACGAUUCUGAUAAAUAUUAA